GGGGCGGGCUCGGGUGCGGGCGCGGCGGGGGCUGCGGCUUCAGACUCUUACAAGCCAGGAGCAGAACACCGCGGCACUCCACUAGAGACAUCCUAGGGAGGUCGGUAUCCAUUGAUUUGCAUCCUUGAUACAUCUGGCCCACAACUCUCCAUCAUUCCCAUAAGGCUCUCACAAGUGACUUGAAUCUGACCAGAUGAAUUUCUCAUGAGCCCAUGAAGGGCUUCCAACUCUCGCCUUCUUCUUCUGAAGGUUCACACCUCAUCCCUUUGAGCAUUAAUUUCUAAUUUUGCCCUGGGACUGACACAACUCGGCAGGUCUGGAAUGACCCUUCUCUGCCCCCACACCCAGCUACUCAUGUUCUCUGAUCACUCUCCUCUCUUCUCCUCUUCAUGCCCUUCCUGCCCCCUCCUCCCCAGCAGGCUGAGGCCUGGACCUGGGGAUGCCCACAUUCAUUCAUUCCGAAGUUUCAAGGCCUCUUGAAGGAGCAGGGAGAACAGGACCUAUGUGUGUGGGAGGGUGGAUGGGAGUCUGUUUACUUAGAGUCCAGGCUGACUCCAGAGGAAUGGGGCCAGCCCCAUCCUCACCCCCUCUGGGGACAUUUUCCAGGGUGUGUCUUGCAGCUACUUCAGAAAACAUGGCCAAGUUUGCCCUGAAUCAGAACCUGCCCGGAACCUUCUGUCCCCAACUGCUUCCUCCUCGUCAUGUCAGUGCUCGACUUUUAAGUCCCUUCCACAGGAAACCUGCCCUGACAACUAGAGCCAAAGUCACACACCUUCUCCAGUUAUUCUGUAUUUCAUCUUAUUAUUAUUAGCCCUAAGCAUCCUUUGGAAUGAUCAUGUUUAUUUAUCUCCUAUAAGAGGACAGGGGUUUGUCUGUCUUGUUCACCGAUGUGUCCCCAGCGCCUAGAAAAGCGCUUGGCACAUAGUAAGUGGGUGGGAUUGCUUGACUGUUUGGUGCAGAUAGGCAUUUGGUCCUUGGGCAUGCAUGUGCGCAGUGGCAUGUGUACAGGGUUUGGUGCAGGUGGAGCCCUGCAGGACUGUCGUGCGGCGGUGGGAGACGAGCUCUAUCUGUCCAGUUUCUCCCGGGUCGUCCCCCUCCCCCAGCCUGACGCCCAUAACACCCCGUCAUGCCUGCAGACCUGGGCGGUCCUUGCCUGGGCUCCGGCCCCACCGCGGGCGCCCGCAGCCCGAGCUCGCCCUACUCAGUGGAGACGCCGUAUGGCUUCCACCUGGACCUGGACUUCCUCAAGUACGUGGAGGAGCUGGAGCGGGGCCCCGCCCCCCGCCGCGCCCCGGGCCCCCCGCCCCCGCGUCGCCCCCGUGCACCCCGGGCGGGCCUCGCUGGCGCGCGAAGCCCAGGCGCCUGGACCUCCAGCGAAUCCUUGGCCAGUGACGACGGGGGAGCAUCGGGCGCACUCUCCCCGGGCGCACCCUCGGGGCUCCUGCUGCCGCCGCUGUCGCCACGCGUGCCCAUCCGUAACUCGCGCGUCGAGCACACGCUCCUGGAAACCAGCCGACGGCUGGAGCUGGCGCAGGCGCACGCGCACGAGCGCGCGCCCAGCCCCGCCCGCGCCGUCCCGCGCAGCCCGCGGGGAUCUGGCCGCAGCAGCCCCGCCCCCAGCCCCGCCUCCAACCCCGCCCCCGCCUCUCCCGGGCCCGCGCAAUUGCAGCUGGUGCGCGAGCAGAUGGCCGCGGCUCUGCGGCGCCUGCGCGAGCUCGAGGACCAGGCGCGCGCGCUGCCCGAACUGCAGGAGCAGGUGCGCGCGCUGCGUGCGGAGAAGGCACGGCUGUUGGCUGGACGCGGGCAGCCGGAGCCCGACGGGGAGGUCGAGGCGCGCCCCGACAAGCUAGCCCAGCUGCGGCGCCUCACCGAGCGCCUCGCCACCUCCGAGCGCGGCGUUCGCUCCAGGGCCAGUGUCUGGGCCGAUGGCCCCGACGGGCCGGCUUCUAGGCGCAGUGAGGGCGCGCUCGAGGGCCCCGACGGAACCGGGACCCCCGACGGAACCGGGACCCCCGACGGGGCGCCGCAGACGCGGGAGGCUGGCGUCCAGGCGGUGCCCGAGACCCAAGACGCUAGGGCCCAGGCGGUGCCGGAGACCCGGGAGGCCGGCGUAGACGCUGCCCCCGAGACCCUCGAGUCGGACGCGUGGGUGACCGAGGCGCUGCUGGGGUUGCCCGAGGCCGCCGAGCGCGAGCUGGAGCUGCUCCGCGCCAGCCUGGAGCACCAGCGCGGGGUGAGCGAGCUCCUGCGCUGCCGGCUGCGCCAGCUGGAGGAGGCCCGCGAGGCUGCCGAGGAGGAGGCAGCUGCGGCGGCCCAGCCCCAGCCGCGCGAGGCUGCCACUCAGACCCCGUGGGGUUGUGCUGCGAAGGCCACACAGACCGAGGCCCUCGCCGAGGCCCCUAGCCUGAGUCAGGAGAACCCGUCGGGACCCACGGAUGGGGACAGAGCCGUGGCCCCUGCGGGCAUCCUCAAAUCCAUCAUGAAGAGGAGAGAUGGUACACCUGGAGCCCAGCCCAGUCCAGGACCCAAAAGCCUGCAGUUUGUUGGGGUCCUCAACGGAGAGUACGAGAGCUCAUCCAGCGAGGACGAUAGCGACAGUGACAGCGACAGCGGCAGCGAGGACGGUACUGCCGAGCCUCCAAGGAGCAGCUUGUCCGGGUAUGACAGAGGCAGGGAUGUCGGGGACGACAGUGGCAAGGAUGCCCUGGACCCCGAGCCGGAGCCGGAGCCCGAGCCCGAGCCCGAGCCCGAGCCCGAGCCCGAGCCCGAGCCCGAGCCCGAGCCCGAGCCCGAGCCCGAGCCCCAGCCGGAGCCGGAGGCAGAACCUCAGCCUGGUGCGCAGGGGAGGUGCGAGCUGAGCCCGCGUUUGAAGGAGGCGUGCGCAGCGCUGCAGCGGCAGCUGAGCCGGCCCCGCGGAAUCGCCCGCGACGGCGGCGCGGCGCGCCUAGUGGCCCAGGAGUGGUUUCGAGUGUCCAGCCAGCGGCGCUCUCAAGCCGAGCCCGUGGCUGGGGUCCUGGGAGCGGUGGCGCGCCUGGGACCCGAGCUCCUGGCGCACGUGGUGAACCUGGCAGAUGGCAACGGCAACACAGCCCUGCACUACACCGUGUCCCACGGGAACCUGACCAUCUCGAGCUUGCUGCUGGAUACCGGGGUCUGCGAGGUUGACCAUCAGAAUCGGGCUGGCUACUCAGCCCUCAUGCUGGCUGCACUUACCUCUGUGGGGCGAGAAGAGGACAUGGCUGUGGUUCAGAGACUCUUCCAUAUGGGCAACGUUAACGCCAAGGCCAGCCAGACAGGACAGACGGCCCUCAUGCUGGCCAUCAGCCACGGCCGCCAGGACAUGGUGGCGGCCCUGCUGGCAUGUGGGGCAGAUGUAAAUGCCCAGGAUGCGGAUGGGGCCACGGCGCUGAUGUGUGCCAGUGAGUACGGGCGCCUGGACACGGUCCGGCUGCUGCUGGCCCAACCAGGCUGCGACCCAGCCCUCCUGGACAACGAGGGCACCAGUGCCCUGGCCAUUGCCCUGGAAGCUGAGCAGGACGAGGUGGCCGCUCUGCUGCAUGCCCAUCUGAGCUCGGGCCAGCCUGACCCCCCGCCCUUCAGCCCCUCACGGCUGUGCCUGGUGAAGGGAGAAUGCAGUGACCACAGGGAAGACCCCCAGCCUCAGUGAGCAGCCUGGCACCCUGGACCUGGAUUGGGAGAGUCUGUUCUGUCCUCCACCCCAGCCUCUGGGACACAGCAGGGGCCAGGGUUUGCUAUCCAGAUGCUAGCCCUGGGCCAAGAGAAAGGCUUGGAUGGCUCAGUGUUCAGGAGAGGCUCAUCCUGGACCAGCAGAGUGAGAAAGGGGCUGAAAAGUGACAAGGGCCCUGAGUCCACCCAAUUCCAUAAU